CCGGGUUCAUGCCGCUAAGGUUUAGGUGCUGGGCGGACGCCGGAAGAGCAGCCAUAGUCGCUUCAACCCCAGGGAUGGUUGGCUGGCCAUAGUACAUAGCCCGAGGGGCCCCGCCGCCUAAACCGCCUUCCCCGAGGCGCCCGAUACCUGAGCCUUAGCCCCCGGCCGUCCAUUUCCCUCCCUGCCGCCGCCCGGAUCUGCCAAAUUUCCACUCAACGGCAUUCGCACGCGCUACUGUGAGAACCCUGGCGGCGGAGGAGAUAGUUGUACAGCUUCAGGUAAGGAACGCCAGUGCUAGGACGAACAAGUACAUCGCUCGAGUCGUUCACAGAGCACAUGCCAUGAUGGCUCACACCAACCGAAGAGCGCGAGUCAUCUGAACGAAGCCCGUCUGAGAGACAACUGUACAGUACCCUGCACGGGCAGAACAUCAUCGAUGCGACGCAAGGGGCGUACAUCGGCGUCACAUCUGUCCGAGACUCGUCUUCCAUAUCUAUCUAGGUAUGCAAUGUUCUCUCCUGUCUGAAUCCUGAUAGAACUCCGGCCACGGUGCUGCUGCUGGGGCGUCCAGACGCCAGAGCAACACGAAGAGACGACCUGCUAUUGUCGAUCCCGUCUACUCAUCCUCUAUUGUCGGGAAGUCGUCUCCUUGCCCGCAAGGUGCCUUGCUCCGGAUGAUCCUGGUGCCUUUUGCAGCUUACCAUAUAUUGCUUCUUACUCCCAUCUGCCCGGAAUCCUUCUCGCCUGUGCUGGCGCGAGCCUGAUCGACCAAAAGCUCUCAUUGCUUGACUUCCCUCAGGACUUUCAUGCAACUCGGGAAGCUCAACACCCCUGUCAUCUUCAACCGAACUGUGGAAACUCGUCAAUCAGUAUCAAGGGACUUGCCAGCCACUUUGGUUGUUGCCGACACGAUUGUUCCUGCAUGUAGAGGAGCCUCGUUUGCCCCCGAGGGCUUCUGGGUGAAUGCGACUGGGGGACUUGUUUCUACUCUUCCCACGUUGAACAUAUUUCCAAGCUCUUCUCUCGUGACCCUGGCCCAGCGAAGUCGUGGACCGCGCCAUGUUGCUAGACUAGGUGUCUUCCGAAGAGCAUCUACAAGAAGGGGCGGCUGGCCUUCCUGUGGACGAAACUGCACCCACAACGUCUGCUUGGGAUAGACAUCGUUGGGCAUAGUGCAAGAUGUCGUCCACAGACUCGAAGGGGACAGAUCCUGUCGAUGCGCCCUUCCAAAGCCUCUCGAAGGACAGUCAAGGCCCAUGGCUGAUUGUUUGUGCCUAUGUAUGCAUCCUCUUGACUGUGAUGACCAUAUUCAUCAAACUAUUCACCCGGUUCAAAGCCACGAAUCGCCUGACAGCCAACGACUGCUUCAUACUCACAGCCGGCUUCCUCGGCAUCGUACAAACCAUCACCAUUACAGUUGCCGUCCAUUGUGGCCUUGGUCAGCGCCGGAGGAAUCUCUCACAGUUCAAAUUCGAGACAUUCGAGAAGACCAUAUACGCUUCCAAUAUACUCAUAAUACUGGUGGUGGCCGCGUCAAAAGCCUCCGUGACACAUCUUAUCAUUGCGAUCAACCCAACCCGUACAAUGCUUAUGUGCUGCUAUGCACUCCUGGGGUUCAUCGCGGCAUGGACCUUCGCUAGCAUAUUUGCGUCGGCGUUUCAAUGUAACCCGCCCAAUCCAUGGAACUCAGAGGGCAACAAAUGUGUGGAUCAGUUUGCUCUCAACGUGGCCAUCCAUACAUUGAACAUUCUCUCCGACGUACUCAUCGUACUCAUUCCUUUUGCCAUGAUGCUGAAGGUGAAGGUGACGAGCCACAAGCGGUUCAUUGUCACCGGUCUUUUUGCCUCUAGAUUUGCGGCUGUUCCUUUUACUGUUACUAUGCUCGUGUAUAUGAGAACGGUGUUUAGGUCCGCCCAUCCGGACAUCACCUGGGACUACCUUGUUCCCCAGGUAUUCGCGACGAUCAUGAUAAACACCUCCAUCAUCGCAUCAUGCAUUCCCUCAUUGAAGCCGUUCCUCCACGAUAUCAAACCAGGCCUGAUUGUCGUCAACGUGCCCGAAGACGAAUUCACCGCAUCCUAUGUACGUCACUCGCGCAAUCGGAGCGGCCUGAAUGGACGCACAUUCGGUUCCGGAGGCAUUUCGCGUAUCAGAAAUAAGCUGGGCCUCUCUAGCCGGACAGGACACACUCUUACCAGCAAUAGCGGGAACUCGUCGGGAAUGUGGGCGGAAAAGCAAAAGCAAGUACUCGAAAACAUGGAGCUCGGAUACAAUAGACCACAAGCAACGAAGGCGCGCAGCAAGGUGGAAAUGGACCGCAGCGAGAGCGUCAAGGGUCUCACAGACGAUGUUAUCCUGCACACCAUCGACUACAAGGUUGAGUAUGAGGAUCCAACGCGUGAUCCAGACGUCAUCACAGACCAUUCCGGUAGCAGUCACCGGAGGGAAAGAUCGUGAUCAUACACAAUACAGUUGAUGCUACGAUAUGUUGCAUGUAUAGCUGUUGAGACCAGAGUCAAAGCAACACGGUCGAAUAUUAUGCCGAUAUGGGACAGUUGAAAGUGUGUUGGACAGGACAAAGCAGCUCACGCUGUCGGUAGACUGCAAAAUGGAGGGGAUAUCCAAUCGGGGCUUAACUGUAGCUAUCCUUGAAGCCGAGUUCAACGUGUAAAACAGACACAGCGGAGCAUGGAAGGGAGAAGGGCAAGAUGGCGUCGAACGAAAGUUUUGAACAUCAAGCAGUUUUCCCCGUUAAUCUCGAUUGCCUAGGGUGAACUAUUGGCAAGAUCACUCGGGCACCAACUGAUCGUUACACGUGUCUACUAU